AUGACCUCCAAUCCAUCAACCAAUGUUGAAAGUGUCACUGCCUUGGCUAAACAUUGUGAAGACCUUGUUGAGGAAUGUGUUAGAGGCACCAUCAACAUUCUUGACUUUGCAGACAGACUUCACCAGCUUGGCAUUUCAUCUGAGGCUGCUGGAGAUUACAUCAGACUUCUGCAGGAGUGGAUUAAGCAAGCUGGCCUGUGGAGCUUGAUCAUUGCAUCCUCUAACAUACAAGAUGGUGACAAUAAGGAUAUUGGUGUGACAGACCACAGGGAGGCCACCCCAUCAGACUUGUCUCAGGCUGAGAUUGAGGAGUUUCAACAAAAGCAAGUCAAGAAAUCCAAAGCUGCUGCUAAACAGUGUCAAAAAGCCAGAUCUCAGGUGGUUGAAGAAGCUGCUUGGGUGAUGCUCUGUUCAAAGCUCCAAUUCAUUCAUCAGACAUUUAGUAUGAAUGAUCUUCAGAGCUCCAUUGCUACAGUUCUUGCUGGCAUUCUGAGGCUUGGUGACACUGUCUCACCAAAGACAGCUUCUAUUUCUCUGAUGAUUCUUGCUCAAGCACCUCACCUCACAUCCAUCAUUGCCACUGACCAAGGAUAUGAUUACAAUGAGAAGGCAAAAGAGCUUAUGGCAGGAUAUGCCAUUAUCAGGAAGGAUGUUUCAUCUGCCAAGAAGUCUCUCAGAUCAGAAUCUGACUGGUGCAGAGUGUAUGAUGCCUGGGCUAGAGGUGUUCAGGUUCUUUAUCCACACCAUGAGGCUGAACUCAAAGUUUACUGGAAAUAUGUAGUCAAAGUUUUUUGGGCUGCACCUCAUGACUCUACAGUUGCUAUUCAUAUUGAUGAAGAAGUUUGA